GUGGGAGGUAAGAGAGCUGGAGAUUCGGGAUUUGAGCCUGUCGGGGGAACCGAAAUGGACUCGGAUUCAGAAGUGGAGAGGAUCCUACAGGUGAGCCAGAACCAGGAGAGACCUCCCUCUAGCUAUGGCUCCAUGAAGAGUGAUGAGGAGGAAGAGGACGAGAACAUCACAGAGGCUCAGUGCUCAUCUUGCAAAUCGGAACUACCCACCUUCACUACACACACAUGGGUCCAGCUGAACCGCAACGUGUCUCCAGAGACGGUCUUCACUGAGAUCACACAGCGGCAGUCUGUCAGCGAGCAUCCCCAAGAGGGAACCUUCGUCACAGAGAGGCCACACACACGUGCGGAGGAGGAAGAAAGGGACGAGCGCAGCCCCAUCCAGGUAGACUACCCUGAGCCCCUGCCCCCCGUCAAGCCUGAGGACGAAUCACAGGAAGAGGGUGAUGAAGAGCAACAGCCAGGCAAGCUGCACCCUGAAUUCGACCUGCCCUACAUAUUCAAGUCCAUGCAGAAUUCUCUGACAUCCCUGGGUGGUCCUGAGUUACACCUGUUUAAGCGCUAUCUAUGUGGGCGCCACCCCUCCUUCACCAUGACUGACCUGGAGUUGAGCGAUACGCUGGACAUAGUGGAUAAGAUGCUGGAGCGCUUCGGUAAACUGCAAGGCCUGCGGGUGGCGAUCCGCAUGCUGGAGAGCAUGAAGAAACCUGAGCUGGCCCAGGAACUGGAGAAGAAGUGCAAGAGAGCUGUGAUCCAGUAUGAGUUGAAGUGUGGUCUGAUCCGGCGACACAACUGUAUCUUUGAGGGUGUACCCCGGGCGGGCCAGCAUCUAUACCUGAAGUACGUCUACGUUGAACCCCAGAUCUCCACCCAAGGUCACGGCGGGGUCAAUCCCUUGCACGAGGUCCGGUCCGAUCCCCCCAACCCUCCCCAGGUUGCCUCCCCAGACAGCAUGAUUGGUGGGAAUAACAUUUUCCGUCUCCGGUCCCUGAAUGGGUCUCCAGUACGAUGCGUUCUGACCACGGGGCUGCCCGGAAUCGGAAACUCUGUGGCGGUCCAGAAGUUCAUGCUGGAUUGGGCAGAGGAUCGGGCUAAUUUCGACAUUCAGUUUGUGUUCCCGUUUCCGUUCCGGGAGAUGCAGUCGCUGAGGGAGCGGAACAGAGUUGAGAAGAAGGACAUCAGUAUGUUGGAGCUGCUGCAGACGUACCACAACGAGACACGCUCCAUGGACUUUCUGGAGCAGCCAGACUGCAAGGUGCUGUUUGUCAUGGAUGGGAUCGACAUCUACAAGAACCAUCUCGAUUUCAAGAACACUCCUGUUGUGACUGACAUCAAGGCUGUUAUUCCCCUGGACUCCCUGUUGGUAAAUCUGAUCCGAGGCUCUCUGCUGCCGCACGCCCUCUUGUGGCUGACUGGGAGACGUGCAGCUACCAAUCAGAUACCUCCUGAGUACAUCCACCGUGUCACUGAGAUACAGGGUUACAGUGACGAGCAGAAGGAUGACUAUCUGACCCUGCGUUACUCAGACAAGUCUCUGGCUGCUAAGAUCAUCAGACACACCAAGAAGUCCCCCACCAUCUACACCCUGUGUCAUAUUCCCUUCUGCUGCUGGAUGGUUGCCAUGGUGUAUGAGAGGGGUUUCCAUAACUACGAGGACUACGGAGACGAGCCCCCCAAGAUUACCUCCUUCUUCAUCCACUACAUGAUCAUCCAGAACAACCGCAAGCUGGAGAAAUACUACGGGCAAAACCCCAACUCACAGAAAUGGACGGACAUGGACAAGGUGUUCAUGUUGAAUCUGGGUUGCCUGGCUCUGAAGCUGUUGGACAAUAACCGCUCUGUGUUCUAUGAAGAGGACCUGGAUGAGCACAGUCUGCUGGUGAGGGAGGUGGCCUGGUGUUCGGGCCUGUGUACUGAGCUUCCCAGGGCGAAUGCCGAAGACAAGCGGGUCUUCUGCUUCACACACCUGAGCUUCCUGGAGUUCAUGGCUGCACAUUAUGUUUGGCUCACCUUCCGCCUGGAGGAGCGGAACAUUCUAGACCAGUCCCACCGCGUCUCCAAGCUGUUCAAGGAACACUCUCUGGUGGACAUGUACCGCAAAGCCGUUGACCGUUACCUCAGCGCUCCUGUCGGCCAGUACGACCUGUUCCUGCGCUUCCUGUGCGGUUUGUCCAUGACGCUCAAUGACGGUUUGCUCCGAGGGAUGCUGUUCCCCCAUAACGCCCCUCCACUGAAAGGUCUGGAGGAGGUGGUCAGGAUGCUGACCAAGAGGAAGGACAGUGCAGGGCCAGAGAGACAGGCCAACCUUAGCGAAUGCCUCCGGGAGCUGGAAACGUCUAAGGACUGAACAGUCUCCUGCUGUUAGCAAACAUGUUUGAUCAUUUGUCUCUGAUGCACUGAACUCUGUUUUGUAAAAUGAAAGGUAAUGCGACCAAAGUAUUGGUGUCGUCUCUGUGCCCCGCUGAAACCAAAACAAUGAACAUUCAGUGUGUCUCAUCCAACUAGCAGACAGACCGAGAGAAAGAGAAGGCAUAAAUCACAGAUGUGUCUUACCAGAAAGAGUUAAUCAUUGUGUCUGAACGAACUCCGUGACUGUGCUGAGUCUGUUUAUAAGGACUAAUAUAUACAACCCAUCAACUAGCAGUCGAAGAUAAAGACCACGGUGCUUGUUAGACUUGUGUGACCAUACAGCCUGUUCAUCCUCUACAAGAUGACUCACUGGAGGACGGAUGCAGACAGUAGUGACCCUAGUUGCAGAAUCUGUUAUGUAUUGCUUCUCCAUCACUGACACUAGCCAGCUAUACUUCUAGUUGUAGUACAAGAACAAUCAGGUAUUUAGUUAACAUUUACAUUAUUCCUUUAAUUAACAAACUUGAUGGAAAGGGAGUGUUUAUGUUUACACAUUUAUGUGUGUUUAAAUGACAUGACACGUCUGUGUGUGUUUAAAUGACAUGACACGUCUGUGUGUGUUUAAAUGACAUGACACGUCUGUGUGUGUUUAAAUGACAUGACACGUCUGUGUGUUUUGUAGUUUGGGUAUAGGGGUGAAAGGUGUACAGUAGCUGGGAGAUAUGAAAAAACAUUAUCCAUAUCACAAUACCUGGCUGAAUUAUCACGAUAAUGAUGAAUUGAACAAUGUUUAUUCAUCUGCACCAGUUAUGUGUUUAGAUUACCCUUAGUAGGGCUGACUCCAAUCAGUCCACUGGUCCAUUGUUUUGUCCUUAGGCUGUUCGACUGAGAUUGUUUUGGUUGAGCAGUAAAACAUAUAUAUAUUUUCACCUCUCAGUGAACUAAUCCAUUGCUGAGGCCUAGACCAAAAGCCAAUUUAUGCUUGAUUUGAAAUUGUGGUGGAGCCUCCAGAGGCCAAAUGGAGCUCUGUACCACUUCACUAUGUCCCUCCCAAAUGUUGUACCAAUGUGGAGGGCUCUGUAUAGCUCCACGAUGACAUGAUUGGUUCACGGUAGGUGAGGGUGGUACAUCCUGUAUAAACACUCCCUUGACAACAGCUCUGCACUGCUCCGUAAGGAGUAUGAAUGCCCUGACUUCUGCUGAGGUCCUUCUUGCCCUGACUUCUGCUGAGGUCCUUCUUGCCCUGACUUCUGCUGAGGCUGUUCUUGCCCUGACUUCUGCUGAGGCCGUUCUUGCCCUGACUUCUGCUGAGGCCGUUCUUGCCCUGACUUCUGCUGAGGCCGUUCUUGCCCUGACUUCUGCUGAGGCCGUUCUUGCCCUGACUUCUGCUGAGGCUGUUCUUGCCCUGACUUCUGCUGAGGUCCUUCUUGCCCUGACUUCUACUGAGUCCGUUCUUGCCCUGACUUCUACUGAGUCCGUUCUUGCCCUGACUUCUGCUGAGUCCGUUCUUGCCCUGACUUCUGCUGAGUCCGUUCUUGCCCUGACUUCUGCUGAGUCCGUUCUUGCCUUGACUUCUGCUGAGUCCGUUCUUGCCCUGACUUCUGCUGAGUCCGUUCUUGCCCUGACUUCUGCUGAGUCCGUUCUUGCCCUGACUUCUGCUGAGGCCGUUCUUGCCCUGACUUCUGCUGAGGCCGUUCUUUCCCUGACUUCUGCUGAGGCCGUUCUUUCCCUGACUUCUGCUGAGUCCGUUCUUGCCCUGACUUCUGCUGAGUCCGUUCUUGCCCUGACUUCUGCUGAGGCCGUUCUUGCCCUGACUUCUGCUGAGGCCGUUCUUUCCCUGACUUCUGCUGAGGCCGUUCUUGCCCUGACUUCUGCUGAGGCCGUUCUUGCCCUGACGUCUGCUGAGGCCGUUCUUGCCCUGACUUCUGCUGAGGCCGUUCUUGCCCUGACGUCUGCUGAGGCCGUUCUUGCCCUGACGUCUGCUGAGGCCGUUCUUGCCCUGACUUCUGCUGAGGCCGUUCUUGCCCUGACGUCUGCUGAGGCCGUUCUUGCCCUGACUUCUGCUGAGGCCGUUCUUGCCCUGACGUCUGCUGAGGCCGUUCUUGCCCUGACGUCUGCUGAGGCCGUUCUUGCCCUGACUUCUGCUGAGGCCGUUCUUGCCCUGACGUCUGCUGAGGCCGUUCUUGCCCUGACGUCUGCUGAGGCCGUUCUUGCCCUGACGUCUGCUGAGGCCGUUCUUGCCCUGACGUCUGCUGAGGCCGUUCUUGCCCUGACGUCUGCUGAGGCCGUUCUUGCCCUGACGUCUGCUGAGGCCGUUCUUGCCCUGACGUCUGCUGAGGCCGUUCUUGCCCUGACUUCUGCUGAGGCCGUUCUUGCCCUGACUUCUGCUGAGGCCGUUCUUGCCCUGACUUCUGCUGAGGCCGUUCUUGCCCUGACUUCUGCUGAGGCCGUUCUUGCCCUGACUUCUGCUGAGGCCGUUCUUUCCCUGACUUCUGCUGAGGCCGUUCGUUCUUGCCCUGACGUCUGCUGAGGCCGUUCUUGCCCUGACGUCUGCUGAGGCCGUUCUUGCCCUGACUUCUGCUGAGGCCGUUCUUGCCCUGACUUCUGCUGAGGCCGUUCUUGCCCUGACUUCUGCUGAGGCCGUUCUUGCCUUGACUUCUGCUGAGGCCGUAUCACCGUAAAUGCUGCAUGGCCAAUGCAAACGUCAGAUUGACCAUGCACCCAGAUGCACAAUGCACUUCUCUCUCCAGAAUGCACUUCUCUCCCACCUAUUGGUGCACAUUUGUUUCAUAACUUCAUUGUGUGAGUUGUUAGUGUAUAUCACUUCCCCAUAUCACCAGUAGUAUGUUUACCGUUAAUUCCUAUGAUUUCUAAUCCACAAUGUUUGUUACUUUGGUUAUGGUAGUUUAUUUGAAUCCAUUGAGUAUUAUUCCGCUAGUCCUGUUCUCAUUGUCUGAGUGGACACAUUGUUUGCAGAGUGCACAACCUAUGCUACACUAGUGAGAAUUUUUGGGGGGUUUAUCUCAGUCCAUUUAUGAGUUUGUCAAUUUAAUUUUGUUAUUGUCUUUCGUUUGGAGUGCUCCUGUCAAUGUUGAGUAAGGACGGGCACGCGUAGAAGUAGGCCUAUAGGCUAUGUGGCCUGAUUUACACACAGAAGUAGGCCUAUAGGCUCCGUGGCCUGAUUUACACAUAGAAGUAGGCCAAUAGACUGUGGCCUGGGUGCAAAUGUAGGCAUAUAAAUGUCCUCAUUUGGGGAUCUGAUAGUAUUUCUGAUUGGCUUAAUGCACCACCACUAAUGACCUGUGGAGCUUCUCAAAGUGAUGUUUUCUUCACCUCAAACAAAUUCUGUAUUUACAUACAUUGACAAUUACAAUAGUUCCUCAAUGUAUUUGAAAAAUCUUUCCGGCUCUCGCCCUUUCGAUAACCACUCAGCGUGACAGGGAAAAUGCUCUGAUCCAGUGGGAAUGUCAUAAAAUAGGCUUCUCAUCAGUGCUUGACUUGGACUGAAAUAGGUUCCCGUAGUCAUUUUGGGUGUCGGUACUGUUUAUAUUUAGGUGCAGGAGCUCCACAAUACUUUGGAGCUGAUAUUUAUUAAGAGGAACAGGAGCUCAAGUAGUAGAACAUUUGAGGUAAGCUCCUGCCCAAGUCAAGCACUGCUUCUUAUCCCUUGAGCAAAUAGCCUACAGCUGUGUCUGUCCCAAGCUUGCUAGUGCAAGCUUUGGGCCAGACCCAUUAAUUGUAUCAAUUUUUAAAGUUUUUUGCAGACAGGCCAUGUGUAGCCAAUGUGAUUUAUAGGAUUUUUAAAAUGUUUAAAUCAGGAUAUUUUCUACCGGCAGGUUGCAAUGUUUUUAUUUGUUGGCUUUAUGCAGGCUAUUUUUACAUUUUUGGCAAUGGCAAUGGAAGUUACUUUUUAGGUUUAUCAUUUAGAUUUGGAUGAAAUUUGUUAACCACAUGACAAUGAUUUUGUGAUAAGACCUUAUAAAUUAAAUGAAACCAUUCCACGUAAAUGUGCAUUUGAAAACCAUUACUGGCCCGCAGAUUGGUAGAAAUGGUAAGAUAAAUUGGCAUUCCACAUGAGAAAGGUUGCAGACUCCUCGUGUAGCCUAUCACCGGCAACUUCAGGAGAGUAAUGGCAGAAUCUGCUGGAGGAGAAUAGUUGGGUCAGGUUUUUUUCUUCUGGUUAUCUAGAUCUCUGGCACCCUCUUGAGGCAUCAACCCGUACGCAUCAGAAAAGCUCAAUGCAUAUAGUUGAUUUUAUUAAAACACAUGGUGUAUAUAAAAUGGAAAAAUACACGUUUAAAUGUUGAGCAAUUGAUUGGUCGACAUAACAUGUCAAGUGAGAUUUAUUUUUUUAGUCGGACAGCCCUAACCCUUACAACUACUUAAAAUGUUGCAGCUAUCAAUUGUCCCAUGAACAAUCACCCAUAUUAGCAAACUUAUUUAAUUUAAAACGUCAUAUUUAUUUAGUAGGGCCCUAUAGGUUAUUUGGGUAAUUCUGCGGAAAUUAUGGAUUUUGAAGAGCCAACAUGACUUUUAAUUUUUUUGACCAAAACUUAGUAAAGUUAACCCUUUACCAUUAUAAAUCAACAAAAUGCCAUCAUAAUGUAUUUUGAUAUUUUUUGCCUUUUUGGCACGGGUGUUACCUAUAUUUUAGAUGACAAUUCAGGCUUUCCUGAAUGUAAUUUCACAAUUAAAUUUGCAUAUAUAAUCAGACAAAGUUUAUGCUAAUACGUAGAAAUUAUUUUGAUUAUAAUUGAUUUUAAACCGGUGUGUGUAAAGUUCCAUUGUGCGACAUUUGUAUAUUUCUACCACUUGUUUUGUUUUAACAUCAGAAAUAAUUGAGGUUGAGUCAUCGAAAUUGGAUGAUCAUAUUCUUAAAAUGCUUACUAAUGAAUGCAGCAGCAGUUGGGUAGAUACAGAUUAACAUUAUUAUAUAAAAAUUCAAACUAUU